CUCUCGGGGGGCUCCUGGGCCGCCUGGAUGCCGCCGGCGGUGUCGGGGCUGUCGGGGUCGUGCGUGUCCGUGCCGUGCCGGUUCGGGUACCCCGAGGAGCUGCGCCCCAGCUCCGUGCACGGGCUCUGGUACUUCGGCAGCCCCUACCCCAAGAACUACCCGCCGGUGGUCGCCCGGUCCCGCCCCGGCGCCGUCCACGAGAGCUUCGCGGGGCGGGCGCGGCUGGAGGGGGACCCGGGGGUGCGGGACUGCUCCCUGCUGCUGGGCCCCCUGAGCCCCGAGCUGGCCGGCAGGUACUACUUCAGGGGGGACCUGGGGGGCUACAACCAGUACAGCUUCUCCGAGCACACCACGCUCGAGGUGCUCGAGGAGCCGGUGCUGGAGGUACCCCCCGAGGUGGUGGCGGGGGUCCCGGCCGAGCUGCGGUGCCGGGUGCCCGACUCGUGCCCGCGGCAGCGCCCGCGGGUGUCCUGGGAGGGGGCCGAGGACCUUCCGGAACGUUCCGAGCACGAGUCGCGCGAGGACUCGAACGGCGCCGGCUCCGUUGUGGCCCUGCUGCGUUUCCGGCCCCGCCGGGGGCUCGGGGGGCACCGGGUGGGCUGCCAGGUGACCCUGCCCAACUCCAGCCUGGCCUUCGGCGCCAGCGUCGCCCUCGACGUGCAGUAUGAGCCUCAGGUGCUGGAGGUGUCGGGGCCCCCCGAGGCCCUGGAGGGGGCCGAGGUGGAGUUGGGGUGCUCGGCCGAGGGCCGCCCCCCCCCGCUGCUCUCGUGGUUCCGGGGGCCGCAGGUGCUGCGGGAGGAGCCGGGGGUCCCGUCCCUGCGGCUGCACCUGCCCCAGGUGAGCCCCGGCGACAGCAGCACCUACACCUGCGUGGCCGAGAACCGGCACGGCCGCCACAACCGGAGCCUGGAGCUGCACGUGGCCUGUGAGUGGGGGGGUUGUGAGGGGGGUUUGGGGGGAUUUGGGGGAUGCAUUGGGGUCAGCCUGGCCUUCAACAUCACCGUGGAGUACCCCCCCGUCCUGCUCCCCGAGUCCCGCUGCACCCCGGUCGGGGAGGGGGCCCGGUGCGUCUGCGCGGCCUCGGCCGUCCCCGAGCCCGUGGUGGCCUUCGAGCUGCCCUCCCACAACGUCACCGUGGCCGAGGGGCACCGGGACUACGCCCUGGCCACGCCCGGGGGGGUGCCCGGCCCCGGGACGGGCCCCGGGACGGUGACGGGGGUGCUGACCCUGCGCGGGACCCUCGAGCCCCGGCUCGCCGUGCUCUGCCUCGCCCGCAACGCCCACGGCACCGCCCGGCAGCAGCUGCGCUUCCACCACCCCGCGGGGCUGGUCUGGGCCAAGGUGGGCCCGGUCGGGGCCGUCGUGGCCUUCGCCGUCGUCAUCGCCCUCGUGUGUUACCUGAGCCAGAGCCGCCGCAAGAAGGCGUCGGGAGCCCCCGAGGUGACCCCGGUGGCCCCCCCGGGGCAGGGGGGGGACCCCGAGCGGCGCCCGCUGCAG